CUGCUAAAUGAUUUAAAUGUAAAUGUAAAUGUAAAUGGAUAGCAAAGCCUUGGAUAUAAUGCUGUUAGCUAAAUACAAAAGUUAUCACUGCUGUAUGCCUGCAGGGUUUACGUUGUGGAGUUCUUCUCCAGUAAAUUAGCGAAUUAACUCACGGUCUGCAGCUAGGCGUUCACAAAGUUAUGCGAAUGGAAUGCUUGCUAGUUAGCUAGCUAGGUUGUUUGACGAAGUAAAAGUUGCUUGCUAGCAGCUAACUACAAGGCUAGCUGGUUACUAGUAACUUGCUCGCGAGGAGGACAACCAGAGCUCGCCAGCACAGCACAGCAGCUGUGUUGACACGACACGAAAGGAGAUACCCAGCAAGCUAUCCCGGCCUGAUCCAAAUGGGGAAAUUUAUCUCGAAAAAUUGACUGUAUUGUUGACUACUUCACAUUUUCAGCAGUUUAUUUUUUAGCUGUUGUUAUUGUGCUAGCCAAGGUACAAGUUAGUUAACGUUUGACAUUCUUUUCUCACUGACAUCUUGGAAGUAUCCAUUAAUCAUCUUUAGUUAUUGGACUCAAGCUAUUAAUAAUGUUUUCUGUGAAGCCCUUGAAACCAACCUUUAAAUCCUACCUUCUGCCUGUACAGCUCCACAGCCACCUAUCAAGAAGUUAGAGGCCAAGUUGCUUCCAGGUCUUUGGCAUCCCUUCUUGUCGCAUCAUUAGGCUGUGGUAAUCUCAUCCAACUGAAAGUCUAUUUUCUCUGGGCUGUCUCGAGUCACCAUGACAAUGCAGUGCCUGCCUGGCCCCCUUUUCAUCACUGCAACUAACUCUGCAUAAUUUAGCCUUAGUUAACAAUGGGCUGGUUCAGAUAUGCCUCCUGAUUUUUUCAGUCAAAUCCCAGCUCAGAGAGGAUGCGAGUUGGUUAAUGACUGUCUUAAGGAGGUUACAAUAAGAGAUUCACAAGGGUAUUUCCUGUUCACAGAGCAUCAGUCACUGAAAACUAUUUCUCGCCUUUUGUGUGUUUUUCUCUGCAACUUAGAAUUUUUAAUGCGUGGCAGGGCCUCAGGGUUGUUUACUUUUUUCCCAUUAAGUUGGCAGUGUUUGUGUGUGAGCUAAACUGACACCCAACCUCUCCAUAUUACAUUUUGCUCCAGUGUAUUAAGAUAAACAAGGAGACAUUUAAAGAGAAUGUAAAUAAUGAAAAGUCUAUUUAUGUGUCUACUCACCACUCAUCAAUCUGUGUACAGGGAGGGGCCAUGACCCUCCACUCAAUUCAUGUUGCCCCCCCAUAAACUAUUGUUGCAAAAAAGCCAACAACAUUCUUAAGCAUUUCGGUUCAUUCAUGGCUGUUAUGGAGGCGGAAGCUCACUGAUAUAAUGGAGCAAGAUUGAGAAACACUUGACCGUAUAACCUUGAAGUGUCAUUAGGUCUAUAUCUGAGUCUGAGGACAAGUUGUGAAUCAGAGGUUGUGCUGUGGGACGAAUUUCCCUUUGAGGCGUUCACUCCUUUUAAUUAAGCAACAGAGGAUGGACUUUCCUUCAUUCUAAAAUAGAUGCGCCUUCCCUCUUGCACUUUAUUUCUAUUUUCUCUGCUUGGCAGGGCUUUACACUGACGUAAAUUGGAAAAUGUUUGCGUACACGAAUACAUUUAGGAGCACAAUGACUAAUUUUUGAUCUAAUAAAACUAGAAUCCUUCAUUUUUUUUACUUUGCACAGCAAUAUUUAUGCGCAUAUGUGAGUAAAACUGUCACCCUGUGUAGCAUUGCUUUGGUUGUAUAGUUUUAAACCCUCAUCUUUUUCAGCUGAUUGUUUUAAGACGCUGGUAUGUUUUAUAGAGGGAUACCGGUUGUUCCUUGGCUGGAGGUUUAGCUAUUGUUAUUGCUGGGUUCUGCCAGUGUGUUUCAAUGAAUGCUGGCAGUGAAAGUAAACAUGAUGCACUCACGCAGUGCCACCUGGCCUUGCUUUACAAAAUACGAUAGUCACCUCCUCUCCCUCAACUGACUAUGAACAGUUUAGCCUACAUUGAAUCUCAGGUUUGAUUUUACACUAUGGUCUAUGUUCUGAUCUUUAGUUCAUGGCUCUGAGGGUGGCCCUGAAUGGAUAGACUUGGGCUUUAUUUGUGGGCCUCCCAGCUCCUCGGUAGUGUUGCUAUGCGACUUGAAUAUGACCCAUUCAAAGGGGUCUGUGUUUGAAUGAUCCAUUCAAGUGCACACCAAACUGACCAGACAGAGGACCACAGUGGGACUAACUCAUCUCAACAAAUCAUCUCAACUGUCCUCCUCUCUCUUCUAUCUUCCCCUCUCUCUCUGUUCAUCUGUCCUCCUCCCUUAAUUUCUGUAGCUCUCUGUUUAUCUCUCUGUCCUCCUCAGAUUCUCUCUUCAUCCCUGGCUGGAUCCUUUGCUGGCUGCCCACCUCUAAUUAGUGAACUGUCUGGUUGGGUUUCUCCCUCUUCUCUCUGAAUGUUUUUAUUUUUCUCCUCCUCUAGGCCUAGUUCUCUCACCCCCCACACUCUCUCUCUCUUACUCUCUCUCUCUUUGUAUGUGACCUGUGUUUCUGGAGUGUGUGUGUGGGUGUCCAAACAUAGAUGACCAACAUUGACUGUUUUGUUUAGGCUCCUUGCUGACACACUGUCACCUUUAUGACACGCGUUCAUCUGAACUGUAGGCAUCUGUAAUGAUAGUUAGACAGGUACUGUAAUAGAUGUCCCGCUGUUGUUUUCCCAGUAGGAGAAUGUGAGCUGAGGCCUCUCCACUGGCAGUGGUGUUUGCAUGAGGCAAAGCUAACUCUCUGUACUCCCAAGCACAUUCUCACCUCUCUGGCCCACAUACUCCUACUGUUCUCAGUCUCUCUUCACCACUUAGUUUGCCAGCACAUGAGAUCUGCUCCGUUAAUCACACAAGCUAGGCUAAUAUGGGCAAAGUCAUGAGUUUCUCAAAAUGACGUGUCCUGUCGCUAUCCAUCAGCAAUGUGAUGGUGUUACUGGCGCACUGUACUCUACUAUUGUACAGGUGGAUCGCUGAAGCAUGUCUGUCCCUUUAACUGCCAUCUUUGUGUUGUUACUGAGGCAUUUCUCCCUAGUCUUGUGUGACUCAGAGGAUUGUGAUAAUCACUGUAUACAGAGACCAUGUUGGGUCUCUGAGCCUGUCCCUCGCCACCAGAUGUCCAAACUGUGAUCUGGUCUGCUAGGUGCUGUACACAAACACAGGUGGCCUGCUUUGAAAGCUACAAAACCCCAGGAAGCAAAGCCAGGCUGUGUCAGUUGGCAGGUGUGAUCACAUGAAUAGCCCUAUUUGAUUUAGGUUUUUGUGGACUUAUUCAAAAAGGAGAACCUCAUCCUAGGAAGGGUUUGUUUCCUCCAGUAUGAUUACAUGAUAUACAUGUUUUUGACAUGCCAAUCACACACAGGAUAGGCCUUGUGAUUGUUCUGAAUCUGUGUUACCUCUGGUCACAUGAUAGGCCAUGACCUUGGCCAACUGACAUUUAUCUGAAUAGGCACUGAACGUAGCCAACUCUGUGAUAAACAGAGAGUGCUAUGAUGUAAGCGGUUGAUGACAUGACCACAGUACUGUUAGAUGUUGUGGUAACCCAGGUUACUUACUGGCAGAGUUGUAGUCCAGGCAGUACUGUACUUUUGUCAGACCUGUCAGCAUUCUGUCUCCACAAAAUAGUUAACUCAUCAAGCCAGCAGAUUAUUAGACCCAGCUUUGGAAGUAAAGACAGUAGUGAUGGAUGGGGGUGAUGGUGGGCGGUUGCUGACUGGUCCCACAAUUAAAGAGCAACAACCUAUUUCUUCAGUCUCUCUCUCUGUUCCUUGUCUGAUCUUAAUCCAUGCUGUGAAACAUAACAGUAGAACUCCACCCUACUAUACCCACUCCUCAUCUUCAAUAAGACUCACAGGCCAUAAAGUUUUAUUGUUACAUUCUUGUGCAUACGUUAAACAACUUGUGACAUGGGUGAUAUAAUGUAGCUUGUAAACAAUGUUUAACAUGGAAUACAGGCAAGAACAAAUAGGCCUAGCCUUGGGCGUAAUUCAUGUUCACAUGUUCACGUUUGUUUAUUCGUCAUAUACAAGGAGUAGCCUUCACAGUGCAAGAAUCACCUGCAAGUCAGCAUUUCAUUGCAUCGUGUACUCCAUGUGUAUAUACAGUUGAAGUCGGAAGUUUACAUUCACCUUAGCCAAAUACAUUUAAAGUCAGUUUUUCACAAUUCCUGACAUUUAAUCCUAGAAAAAAUUCCCUGUCUUAGGUCAGUUAGGAUCACCACUUUAUUUUAAGAAUGUGAAAUGUCAGAAUAAUAGUAGAGGAGGAUUUAUUUCAGCGUUUAUUUCUUUCAUCACAUUCCCAGUGGGUCAGAAGUUUACAUACACUCAAUUAGUAUUUGGUAGCAUUGCCAUUAAAUUGUUUAACUUGGGUCAAACGUUUCGGGUAGCCUUCCACAAGCUUCCCACAAUAAGUUGGGUGAAUUUUGGCCCAUUCCUCCUGACAGAGCUGGUGUAACUGAGUCAUGUUUGUAGGCCUGCUUGCUCGCACAUGCUUUUUCAGUUCUGCCCACAAAUUUUCUAAAGUAUUGAGGUCAGGGCUUUGUGAUGGUCACUCCAAUAACUUGACUUUGUUGUCCUUAAGCAAUUUUUUAUGCUUGGGGUCAUUGUCCAUUUGGAAGACCCAUUUGCGACCAAGCUUCAACUUCCUGACUGAUGUCUUGAGAUGUUGCUUCAAUAUAUCCACAUCAUUUUCCUCCCUCAUGAUGCCAUCUAUUUUGUGAAGUGCACCAGUCCCUCCUGCAGCAAAGCACCCCCACAACAGGAUGCUGCCAACCCUGUGCUUCACGUUUGGGAUGGUGUUCUUCGGUUUGCUAGCCUCCCCCUUUUUCCUCCUAAGAUAACAAUGGUCAUUAAGGCCAAACAGUUCUAUUUUUGUUUCAUCAGACCAGAGGACAUUUCUCCAAAAAGUACGAUAUUUUUCCCCAUGUGCAGUUGCAAACCGUAGUCUGGCUUUUUUAUGGCAGUUUUGGAGCAGUGGCUUCUUCCUUGCUGAGCGGCCUUUCAGGUUAUGUCGAUGUAGGACUCGUUUUACUGUGGAUAUAGAUACUUUUGUACCUGUUUCCUCCAGCAUCUUCACAGGGUCCUUUGCUGUUGUUCUGGGAUUGCUUUGCACUUUUCGCGCCAAAGUAUUUUCAUCUCUAGGAAACAUAACGCGUCUCCUUCCUGAGCGGUAUGACGGCUGCGUGGUCCCAUGGUGUUUAUACUUACAUUUACAUUUAAGUCAUUUAGCAGACGCUCUUAUCCAGAGCGACUUACAAAUUGGAAAGUUCAUACAUAUUCAUCCUGGUCCCCCCGUGGGAAUUGAACCCUGGUCCCCCCGUGGGAAUUGAACCCACAACCCUGGCGUUGCAAGCGCCAUGCUCUACCAACUGAGCCACACGGGACCAAACAAUAGUACAACUGAGCGUACUAUUGUUUGUACAGAUGAACGUGGUACCUCCAGGCGUUUGGAAAUUGUUCCCAAGGAUGAACCAGACUUGUGAAGGUCUCCAAUUUUUUUUCUGAGGUCUUGGCUGACUUCUUUUGAUUUCCCCAUGAUGUCAAGCAAAGAGGCACUGCGUUUGAAGGUAGGCCUUGAAAUAUAUCCACAGCUACACCUCCAAUUGACUCAAAUUAUGUCAAUUAGCCAAUCAGCAGCUUCUAAAGCCAUGACAUAGUUUUCUGGAAUUUUCCAAGCUGUUUAAAGGCACAGUCAACUUAGUGUAUGUAAACUCCUGACCCACUGGAAUUGUGAAACAGUGAGUUAUAAGUGAAAUAAUCUGUCUGUAAACAAUUUUUGGAAAAAUGACUUGUGUCAUUCACAAAGUAGAUGUCCUAACCGACUUGCCAAAACUGUAGUUUGUUAACAAGAAAAUUGUGGAGUGGUUGAACAACGAGUUUUAAUGACUCCAACCUAAGUGUAUUUAAACUUUCAACAUCAACUGUAUAUCAUACAAACACUGCAAACACCCUCUGUUCAUUCUUCCUUCCUGUGAUAUUCUGCUCUGUUUCCUCAUUCUGUGAAUCAGGAACAAAACAGAUUUGUAAUCUAAGUUCAAUGAUCAUGGAUAUGCUAUCUAUCUUCAUGGUGAUGACUCUCGUAGGAAAAUGUCAAGGUCGGUAACUAUUUUUAUCAACAGUUUAAGACUUGAAUAAUAGUGUUUGUAAGUGUACAAUCGAGGAGCUUGAUUCUAACUUUGGAAACCUUUUCUCUCUCAAAGGGAACACUUAUCUAAAUUAUCAAGAGAAAGAGGAAGCUAUAUCCCUACAAUGUGAAGAGAGAUUUUGGCAUGUUGAUCUAGAUGAAGACAACAAAGUGGAUUGCACUUUUAAUUGCAGUCUUUGUGACAAUGAGAAGAAAUGUGACCGAGAUUUGAAGUGCAAUAUUACAGCAUUUGAAUUAGAAAAAACCCCCUGCAAAAACAGUAUCAAACAAUGUUUAAAUAUGAAAUUGGAGAAACACGUCACUGGAUUCUUUGCAUGUUUUCAUACCUUUCCAUCAAAUGACCAAUUCUUAUUCCCCUUUAAACCUUCAAAAGAUCAGGUGAAAUCAUUUAUUGUGGCAUUUGUUGAACCAGAGGGUAAGUUCACAUUUCCUAACUUUCACAAUUUCUAAAUGAUAUACAACUCACAUUACAGUAUACUGUACAAUAUAUUGUAUAUAGACAUAUAUCUGUUUAUGAAAAUAUUUAACAUCAAAUUAUGUUCUGUUUCUGUAGUGGUGAUAUGCUACCCUGGUGUGGAAACUAAAACGUCUGUUACCAAACAGCAUGGAGAAUCAGUCAACCUGGCAUGUAAUUUCACAGUAGCCAAAGAUUACUCUAGCUUUCCAUUUUCAGUGUAUUGGAUCAAAACCAUCAGUGGCAACAGUAGCACAUGUCUUUAUUCUUAUUCUUAUGAUAGUCAUGGAGAAUUAUAUGACCACCAUUGUCUCAUUGAUGAGGCCCUGCUGAAACGAAGGUCAAAUACUGCAUCUAAACCCCUAACAAACCCUAUCUUUCAUAACCUUAAGAUCAGCAAUGCCACAUAUUCAGACAGCGGACAGUAUGUUUGUGCCUUACAGGUGCUUAAGAAUAGAAAAGGGCACUGGAAGGUAAUAACUAAUGUCACAGUCACUGUGAAUGGAGAAUUCAACAACCACACCAACAGGAAUGACACAGCCCCGUUAUAUACUCCUUGGGAUCCUUACAUACCACUGUAUGUAGUGGGAGGCUUGUUCUUCUCCUGCCUGUUUGUUACUGUCAUUGUCAUGAUGAAAAAUACCAAGAUUUCGCAAGAAUCUCACACUCUGAGAAUGAAAAGAGAACAAGAUGGAGAGGAGACACUUAACUCAGACUGCUCCCCAUAUGCUGAGGGCAGAGGAGAGGAUGCGGGGCUCUUCUCACUUCUGAAGCUGACUGAAGUGAGAGAUCCUGUGAAUGCACAGAACGGAGCUGAAGAACAUGCUGCUGUUGCUGUCGAGCCAUAUUCUGUAGUGAUGUUCAAUACUGAGUAUGAGGCCUUUGACCCCCAGGCCACCCAGACAUCAUCCACCUGCCCCCUAAGGAUUGGAGCGAAAAUAGAAGUUACUUGCAGCCAAUAGUUACUCAUAUGAUGUAGAUAAAGUGAGCUAAAGAUAAUAUUUCAUGAUUGGUCUUUCAUAUUGGGUUUAGACCAGGAUUGGGGCGGGGCUGCCAGGGGUUUGUUUGGGAUGGCGGGUGGGAGGGGUUGAGUGUUGGUAAAAAAACAAUUGUGAUUCUUAUUGAUUGUACAGGUUAUGUUACUCAAUAAAAAAUUAGAUCACAAAAAUUAAGUUACAUUAAAGAGAAAAGGAGGAUUCACUUUCUUUUUUAAUUGAAUGUUUUUGUGUUCAUUCAUGCUCUACUGAACGUUUCCACUAGAUGGUGCUAGUGCUCAGUCCUACAGGUGUGCUUACUGUUUCUCUAUUGUGUCAUAUGUGUGAUUAGCUAAUUAUUUUGUAACAUUGAAUAAACAUUGCAGAAAUAAAAUGUACGUGAUUUUUUUUUGGGGGGGGGGGUCCAUUGUACUCAAUCAUUGCAAUAUCAAUAGGCGAUAGUGUAUACUAAACAUGAUUAAUCAAAUCAAAAUGUGUCUUAAAUAGACAUAAAUGAAUGGACUAGACUAUGCUUGAGGAAUCAAGAGAGUAAGAUAUCGCACUUUCUGGGGCCCUCCCUACCCUCCGUUGUAGGUCAAAAGCCCUUAAAUGUAUUUUUACUCCGUUUUUUUAUCUUAAAUCUGAACAGGAGUCAGUUACAUCUGGUCCCAGAUCUGUGCUUGGGGGUGCAACAUAGACCGAUGCUCCUCCCCUGUCUGUCUCCUCUCGAAUGUAAACAUGGCCGUUGUGUCCAUAGCAAAAAGGAUAGCAAAGCCUUGGAUAUAAUGCUGUUAGCUAAAUACAAAAGUUAUCACUGCUGUAUGCCUGCAGGGUUUACGUUGUGGAGUUCUUCUCCAGUAAAUUAGUGAAUUAACUCACGGUCUGCAGCUAGCUUUGCGAACGUAAUGCUUUCUUGUUAGCUAAAGCUAGCUAGGUUGUUUGACGAAGUAAAAGUUGCUUGCUAGCAGCUAACUACACGGCUAGCUGGCUACUAGUAACUUGUUCACGAGGAGGACAACCAGAGCUCGCCAGAACAGAAUCUGUGUUGACACGAAACGAAAGGAGGUACCCAGCAAGCUAUCCCGACCUGAUCCAAAUGGGGAAAUUUAUCUCGAAAAAGGGACUGUAUUGUUGACUACUUCACAUUUUCAGCAGUUUAUUUUUUAGCUGUUGUUAUUGUGCUAGCCAAGGUACAAGUUAGUUAACGUUUGACAUUCUUUUCUCACUGAAAUCUUGGAAGUAUCCAUUAAUCAUCUUUAGUUAUUGGAUUCAAGCUAUUAAUAAUGUUUUCUGUGAAGCCCUUGAAACCAACCUUUAAAUCCUACCUUCUGCCUGUACAGACUGAUCUGAAAAAAGCUCCACAGCCACCUAUCAAGAAGUUAGAGGCCAAGUUACUUCCAGGGGAGAUUGUGGUGAACGAAGUGAGCUUUGUGAGGAAGUGCAUCGGAGCAGAUGGCAGCCAUGGUGACCUGUGGGGGAAGCUGAUAUGCACCAACUUCAAGGUUUCCUUCAUCACCCAUGAUGCCCUCCCCAAGCAGAGGUUCCAGGUUGCCAACCGGCUGCUUGGAGAGCACGAUGUUCCCUUGGCGUGUGUGGAGCAAGUGGUGACAGUGAACGAUGCUAAGGGAAAGCAGAAGGUUCUGUGUUCCAACCAGAAGCUGAAGUUUAAUCCCACCGAGCUCAUCCUUUACUGCAAGGACUUCCGAAUCAUCAGGUUCCGCUUUGAUGAGGCUGGGCCUCAAAGCGCCAAGAAGGUUUGCCUGGCCAUCGCUCACUACUCCCAGCCCGCUGAUCCCCAGCUGCUGUUUGGCUUCGAGUACGUAGGGAAGCAAUACUAUGGAUCCCUGGGGGAGCGAGUUAAUGGCGUAGAUCCCGGAGGAGGACUGCAGAUGCCUCUGUUUGACCGGGCCUCUGAAUGGGACAGAGAGAUCAAGAGAACAGGUGCAGCAGAGUGGAGGGUGUGCUCCAUCAACGAGGGCUACAUCGUCUCAUCCAGUCUCCCAGAGUACUUUGUGGUCCCAGUGUCCCUGGCGGAUCAAGACCUGAAGCAGUACUUAUGUUUUUUCACUGCUCACCGCAUACCUUUGUGGUGCUGGAAUCACCCCAACGGGAGUGCCCUGGUGCGCAUGGCCAGCAUCAGUGACCCACUGCAGCAGAGGAAGCUGGACCAGAGGAUCUGUAGUGCCAUAACAAAGAGCCACCCACAGCGCAGUGACGUCCUCAAGUCCGACCUGGACAAGAACCUGCCCAACAUCCAGGACAUCCAGGCUGCCUUUGUCAAAGUGCGGCAGAUCUGUGUCAUCGAGCCCUUUGAGGAGUCUGAGGAGAAGUGGCUGUCGUCCAUGGAAAGCUCUCGAUGGCUGGAGUAUGUCAGGACCUUCCUGAAGCAUUCAGCCGAGGUAGUCUACUUGCUGGAGGGAAAACAUGUGUCUGUCAUUCUGCAAGAGGAAGAAGACAGGGACCUGAGCUGUGUGGUGUCCUCUCUGGUACAACUGAUGCUGGACCCUCACUUCCGUAGCCUCACUGGCUUCCAGAGCCUGGUGCAGAAGGAGUGGGUGAUGGCUGGCCAUCGCUUCCUCGACCGGUGCAACCAUUUGAAGAAGAAUGACAAAGAGGAGUCUCCUCUGUUCCAGCUGUUCCUGGACUGUGUGUGGCAGAUUAUAAAUCAGUACCCAGCAGCCUUUGAGUUCACUGAGACCUACCUGACUGUGCUCAGUGACAGCAUGUGGAUCCCUGUCUUCAGCACCUUCCUCUUCAACUGUCCCCAGCAGCGCACUGAGAACAGCAUGGAUUUUGCUAAGAGUAAGUGCAUCCCUCUGGGGGAGGAGAAGGCCCUGCGUUUCCCCCCUGUCUGGGACUGGUCACAGCAGUUCACCCCCAAAGACCAGGCCCUCUUCAACAACCCCAUGUAUGUUGGAAAAGGUGCCACCUGUGUUCAGAAUGGAACAGUGAAGUCCUUCAGACGCACCAAGAAAAACUACAGUUCUACACUCCGAGGGAUGCCCUCUUCCCUGAGGAACAUUCUGAUGGACGGCCAUGACAGCCUCACCCUGACCAGGCGGAACUCCCUGGUGCCGCGGCUCAAACCAGACUUCUCCCAGAUCAGAGAAGUGGUGGAGAGCCCAACAGAGCGCUUCUUCAGGGACUGGGUCUCCCGGCCCGCAGACCUACAGGGGAUGCUCAUCCCCCAGCUCCUGCCUUCACACCUGGCUCUGUGGAGGCUCUACUUCCUGCGCUGGGUCCCUGAAGCCAGCAUCCCCAAGGGCGGCCCUGUAACCGCAUACCACAAGCUCUCCCAGCUGGCUGAUGAGGUAGAGAAGCUGCAGAGCCAGCUACGCCAGUACAAGGGGGGCAGCACCCCGACCUCCAACCCCAGCGCCGCCCCAUCAGACCACAGCAGGAUGUACUUUAAGGCCGGUUCCACCCACGAGCCCUCUUCAACUCCAGAGUACCUCAGCUCCUCCUUCCCCUUCUCUCCCGUGGGGAACAUGUGCCGCCGCAGCAUCCUGGGCACUCCUCUCAGCAAGUUCCUGAACGGGGCAAAGAUAUGGCUCUCCACUGAAACUCUGGCCAAUGAGGCACUCUGAGGUCCCGUGGCUAAAGUUCUCACUCAAAUCAGUGCUUAGAGUCCAGAAUUGAUGUCCUAUCAUGCUAGAGGCCAGAGGCUAGCUCAGUUGAAUGUGAUGAUGUGGCUGUUUGUUUUUGCACAAGAUUAUUCAUCUUUGCUUAAAUCGCACAUUUCUUCAGGGGUUUGCCAGGGUUGCUCUCUGUAGGAAGUCAAUUUUGAUUUCCAGUUUCACUUUCUAGUUUUAGAUUCAGUUGAGUACGUAGAAGAAUGUUAGUGGAAUAUGAUUUUGUAGUGACAUUGAUGUAGUGCUGAUGACACUUUGCAAAGGAAAAAAGGAGUUAUGAGGAGGAGUUAAAUCUGUGGUAGACACUUAUCGCUUUAUUUGUAUCACUUAAUAUAGUUUAGUUGUAUUUCUAGAGACCUUCUGGUAAGGUACUGCAUUGUUUCUAGAAUGAAUAAUAACCAAAUCAUGAAUAGUGAAAGGAGAAGGACAGACAGGGCUAUUUACUAUUAGGCCUUCUUGCAGGAAAUUAUCUUCAAUCACACAACACACCAAUAAAAUGCCAGGGAACUGGCACUGGAAAAUGUCUUCACCGUUCGAGACAAUACAUUUGUGGACAUUCAUCAAUCAACUUUUUCCCUUGAUGGCUUUGGCAUUGAAAUGCAUUAGUUUCUGGACAUGUAUGAUUUGGAGCUGUGGGCAGUAAAGAAAUGCUGGGCAGGCUGGAUACCUGUCCUAUCAUUACUGUACACCCACACAGCCUGAACUGAUGCUGCUAAUGGCUGGACGCCACCUGAACUGAUGCUCAGACAAUCGGCAUGUCUAUUCACCAUAGUCAGGUGAUGUGUUUCAGAGUGGGUUUGAAGUGGAGACAUGUAAACAGUUGGAAUCUCUUUUCUCUAAUGAGCCCUCAUUGCUCCUUCACCUGAUAUUAACAAGACAAAUCCCAAAUAUGAAGUAAAGCUGUAUGAAAUAACUACUGGUAAUGGUGAUGGUUGUUUGAAUUCUGAGAAGGUGAAAAUAAUAUUGGCAAAUAAUGUACAGUUUUAUUGCUUGAAAUGACUUAUUUGACUAUUUUCUAAAUAUGGUACUUACUGAUUUUUAGCCCCUACUUUUAGUUUAUAUUCCAUGAAUGCACAGCCCUUGUUUUAGUUUACCACUAAUUCACACCAUUGGUGCACUCAGCACUGUUAUUGUAUAACAAUUGUGCUCUUCAUUUGACACAAUUUGAUAUUGAUCAACAGUGCACAUAUUUAUUCAGUUAUGCAAAUGGUCUAAAACAGGAAUGUAGGAAAUUCCUUUUUAGAUAGAAAUUUGUGUUACUUACUGUGUUCAAUGUACCGGUUCACUUCUAUCACUUAUUCUACUAUGCAUGUUGUUACACCGAGAGUAAUGACAUUAGGAGAGACUGAGUACUUCAAAAGCUGCAUCUGGAAGCCAAAUGUAAGUGCUUGAUCUGAAGUACCAUGUUGGGAUUAAUGUUAUGUUGUACCUUUGUGCUCUGUGGAGUGUCAAUGUGUUAGGUCAAGUUUGGAGAUACACAUUUAAUGCUUGCAGAACACUUGUUGGAAAAUUGAGGGUUCUGAAGUGCAAAAGCACUGUCAACACUGACCACAGGGGAUCACAGUUGUAAGGCCAAAUUUCAAUGUUAAGGAACUUAGAGCAAAUAAAAAUGCUAACAAUUUU